CCACCUCUUCUUCUCGCACUAGCGGUCGGUCGGCUGGGGCGGCUGGGGUCUCAGCCCUUCCAUUUCAGCUUUCCAGCUUACCCGGUAGCUCGGGGGCGGCUCCAGGCUUAGAAAUGCCGCCGGCCCCCGGUUCCGGCUUCCCGGCUCUGCCGCCGCGGCCGCCAGGGCUGCUGUUACCGCCGAGCCGGGCGCUGCGGCGGCUCCUCCCGGGGCCUACAAAUGCCCCGCAAGCCCGUGCGCGGAGCCCCCCUCGCGGGUUACAUAACCAGGCUCCCGGUCGAGUGGGCAAAACUCAACACCUCUCGGGGGUGGGGGCCUGGAAGCAAGGGAGAGUCCUCCAGAAAUCCCUUCCACGGCCUCCAAAGAUGCAGGAGGGGAGUGCCCUGUAUAGGGCGCCGCCUGACCCUGGGGGGUGCGGGUCCCUCUCCUUAUCCCGAUUUUCGGCAUCUUUGGCUUCUGCGCAAAGUUGCCCCGGUCCCAAAGGUGGGGUGCAGGGGGGCGCGCGGCUCCUGCACCUGUUCGAGCUGGGCCCAGGGUGAGAGGCGACCCCCAGAUCCCCCAAUAAUGUCCCGGGCUCUCCGGUUUGGGUCCCCGCAGCGCCCGAUUGACCGCCAAAGAUACGACGAGAACGAGGACUUGUCGGACGUGGAGGAGAUCGUCAGCGCCCGCGGCUUCAGCCUGGAGGAAAAGCUGCGUAGCCAGCUGUAUCAGGGGGAUUUCGUGCACGCCAUGGAGGGCAAAGAUUUCAACUAUGAGUAUGUGCAGAGAGAAGCUCUCAGAGUUCCCCUGGUAUUUCGAGAAAAGGAUGGCCUGGGAAUUAAGAUGCCUGACCCUGAUUUCACAGUCCGAGAUGUCAAACUCCUAGUGGGUAGCCGGCGGCUGGUGGACGUGAUGGACGUGAACACCCAGAAAGGCACGGAGAUGAGCAUGUCCCAGUUCGUACGGUACUACGAGACGCCCGAGGCCCAGCGGGACAAGCUAUACAAUGUCAUCAGCCUUGAGUUCAGCCACACCAAGCUGGAGCACUUGGUCAAGCGUCCCACCGUGGUAGACCUGGUGGACUGGGUGGACAACAUGUGGCCUCAGCACUUGAAGGAGAAGCAGACGGAAGCCACGAACGCCAUUGCAGAGAUGAAGUACCCGAAAGUGAAGAAGUACUGUCUGAUGAGUGUGAAGGGUUGUUUCACUGACUUCCACAUCGACUUUGGAGGCACUUCCGUUUGGUACCAUGUUUUCCGGGGUGGGAAGAUCUUUUGGCUGAUUCCUCCAACCUUGCACAAUUUGGCACUGUAUGAGGAGUGGGUGCUGUCAGGCAAACAGAGCGACAUCUUCCUGGGAGACCGUGUGGAGCGAUGCCAAAGAAUUGAGCUGAAACAGGGCUACACGUUUUUCAUCCCUUCCGGCUGGAUCCAUGCAGUCUACACUCCCGUAGACUCUCUGGUGUUCGGCGGGAACAUCCUGCACAGCUUCAACGUGCCCAUGCAGCUGCGGAUCUACGAGAUCGAGGACAGAACGCGGGUGCAGCCCAAAUUCCGUUACCCCUUCUACUAUGAGAUGUGCUGGUAUGUCUUGGAGAGAUACGUGUACUGUAUGACCCAGCGGUCCUACCUCACUCAGGAAUACCAGAGAGAAUCAAUGCUUAUUGAUGCCCCAAGAAAGCCCAGCAUAGACGGCUUCUCAUCUGAUUCCUGGCUGGAGAUGGAGGAGGAGUCCUGUGAGCAGCAGCCCCAGGAGGAGAAGGAAGAAGAGGAGGAAGAGGAGGAAGAGGAGGAGGGUGCAGAAAAGAUCCCCAAAGCAUCCACCGAUGGCCCUGCCUCACCCACGAGCACCCCAUCCGAGGACCAGGAGGCCCCCGGGAAGAAGCCCAAAGCCCCUGCCAUGCGGUUCCUCAAAAGGACUCUGUCAAAUGAGUCAGAGGACAGCGUGAAGUCUGCCACGAUGCCCACCGACUACCCCAAGACUCCCACCGGCUCUCCUGCCACUGAGGUCUCUGCCAAAUGGACCCACCUCACCGAGUUUGAACUGAAGGGCCUGAAAGCUCUGGUGGAGAAACUUGAAUCCCUCCCGGAGAACAAGAAGUGUGUCCCCGAGGGCAUCGAGGACCCCCAGGCCCUCCUGGAGGGUGUGAAGAACGUACUGAAGGAGCACGCGGAGGAUGACCCCAGCCUGGCCAUCACUGGGGUCCCCGUAGUCACUUGGCCAAAGAAGACGCCAAAGAACCGGGCGGUAGGUCGGCCCAAGGGGAAGCUGGGCCCGGCCUCCGCGGUGAAGUUGGCCGCCAACCGGACCACGGCGGGAGCUCGCCGGCGCCGGACGCGAUGCCGCAAGUGCGAGGCCUGCCUGCGGACGGAGUGCGGCGAGUGCCACUUCUGCAAGGACAUGAAGAAGUUCGGGGGCCCCGGGCGGAUGAAGCAGAGCUGCAUCAUGAGGCAGUGCAUCGCGCCAGUGCUGCCUCACACCGCCGUGUGCCUGGUGUGUGGCGAGGCGGGAAAAGAGGACACAGUGGAAGAGGAAGAAGGCAAGUUUAACCUCAUGCUCAUGGAAUGCUCCAUCUGCAAUGAAAUCAUCCACCCUGGAUGCCUUAAGAUUAAGGAGUCAGAGGGCGUGGUCAACGAUGAGCUUCCAAACUGCUGGGAGUGUCCCAAGUGUAACCACGCCGGCAAGACCGGGAAAGCCUACAAGCAAAAGCGUGGCCCUGGCUUUAAGUACGCCUCCAACCUGCCUGGCUCCCUGCUCAAGGAGCAGAAGAUGAACCGGGACAACAAGGAAGGGCAGGAGCCUGCCAAGCGGAGGAGUGAGUGUGAGGAGGCGCCCCGGCGCAGGUCCGACGAGCACCCCAAGAAGGUGCCCCCCGACGGCAUCCUGCGCCGAAAGUCGGACGACGUGCACCUGAGGCGGAAGCGGAAAUACGAGAAGCCCCAGGAGCUGAGUGGACGCAAGCGAGCCUCGACGCUUCAAACGUCCCCCGGUUCCUCCUCUCACCUCUCGCCGAGGCCCCCUCUAGGCAGCAGCCUCAGCCCCUGGUGGAGAUCCAGUCUCACUUACUUCCAGCAGCAGCUAAAACCCGGCAAAGAAGAUAAGCUUUUCAGGAAAAAGCGGCGGUCCUGGAAGAACGCCGAGGACCGGAUAACUCUGCCCAACAAGCCUCUCCGGCGGUUCAAGCAGGAACCAGAGGACGACCUGCCCGAAGCGCCCCCCAAGACCAGGGAGAGCGACCACUCGCGCUCCAGCUCCCCUACUGCCGGGCCAAGCACAGAGGGCGCGGAGGGGCCCGAGGAGAAGAAGAAGGUGAAGAUGCGCCGGAAGCGACGGCUCCCCAACAAGGAGCUGAGCAAGGAGCUGAGCAAGGAGCUGAACCAGGAGAUCCAGAAGACCGAGAGUAGCCUGGCCCAGGAGAAUCACCAGCCCAUCAAGUCGGAGCCUGAGAGCGAGAACGAGGAGCCCAAGCGGCCCCUGGGCCUCUGCGAGCGCCCCCACCGCUUCAGUAAGGGGCUCAACGGCACCCCCCGGGAGCUGCGGCACCAGCUGGGGCCCGGCCUGCGCAGCCCGCCCCGAGUCAUUUCCCGGCCCCCUCCCUCCGUGUCCCCUCCCAAGUGCAUCCAGAUGGAGCGACAUGUGAUCCGGCCGCCCCCCAUCAGCCCCCCGCCCGACUCGCUGCCCCUCGAUGACGGGGCAGCCCACGUCAUGCACAGGGAGGUGUGGAUGGCCGUCUUCAGCUACCUCAGCCACCAAGACUUGUGUGUCUGCAUGCGGGUCUGCAAGACCUGGAACCGCUGGUGCUGCGAUAAGCGGUUAUGGACCCGCAUCGAUUUGAACCACUGCAAGUCCAUCACGCCCCUGAUGCUAAGUGGCAUCAUCCGGCGACAGCCUGUCUCCCUGGACCUCAGCUGGACCAAUAUCUCCAAGAAACAGCUGAGCUGGCUUAUCAACCGGUUGCCUGGGCUCCGAGACUUGGUGCUGUCCGGCUGCUCGUGGAUCGCAGUCUCCGCCCUCUGUAGCUCCAGCUGUCCACUGCUCCGGACCCUGGAUGUCCAGUGGGUAGAAGGGCUGAAGGACGCCCAGAUGCGGGACCUCCUGUCCCCGCCUACAGACAACAGGCCAGGUCAGAUGGACAAUCGGAGUAAGCUCCGGAACAUCGUGGAGCUGCGUCUGGCCGGCCUAGACAUCACAGACGCCUCCCUGCGGCUUAUCAUCCGCCACAUGCCCCUGCUCUCCAAGCUCCACCUCAGUUACUGUAACCACGUCACUGACCAGUCCAUCAACCUGCUCACUGCUGUGGGCACCACCACCCGGGACUCCUUAACCGAAAUCAACCUGUCAGACUGCAAUAAGGUGACUGACCAGUGCCUGUCCUUCUUCAAACGCUGUGGGAAUAUCUGUCACAUUGACCUGAGGUACUGCAAGCAAGUUACCAAGGAAGGCUGUGAGCAGUUCAUAGCCGAAAUGUCUGUUAGUGUCCAGUUCGGGCAAGUGGAAGAAAAACUCCUGCAAAAACUGAGUUAGUCCAAGGACAAGUAUGUAAAUAUGGGGUAGGGGAGGGGAGGGGAGACGCCAGGAAAAGGGGAAAGACUUUACAAAAAACUAGGGCCUUUAAAUAUUUCCAAUUUGGAACUUGGAACAACAAACCCCAGACGAUUCCCUUUUGCAAGUCUCGCCGAGGGAGAAGCCAGUCCGCCACCGUUUGGGGGAUGAGCGAGCCUGGUGCUUUCCUCUGGUCUUUUUGAAUCAAAACCGCACUGCUUUCUGGACCAUUGCUCAGGCGGCCUUUACCAAGAAGACAUUCCCGUUGGAGAGGAGGAUGGACUUGGGCGACAUUCUCUUACUGAAGCAUGAGCUUAGGAAAUUUUGGGGGGGGUGGUGGUGUUUUUUGUUUUGGACACCUUACUCCUGACAACUUUGGGGGUUUUGGUGUCAACAUAAAGUGGACCACACACCACAUCUGCCGUCUCAACAUGUUUGUUUGGUUUUGUUACAUCUUACAUUAUGCAGAACUAUUUUUGUACAAAUUGUUUAAAAGUUAUUUAUGCAAGGUUUGAAUGCAUACCAGUGUUUUUAUUGUUUUGAGAUUGCCAACUUCCCUGGUUUCCUUAAGGUAGGAGAGAACUUUUCCCUGUACUUCAUACAAACCCAUCUAUACAUGUGCCCAGAUCCGGCAAAGCAGGCUAAGACCUCUAGUUAAAAGCAUGUCUAACUGGAAGUUGAGAGCCUGCUUUGUAUGUCAAGAAAUUGCAUAAGCAUGAUGUGGAUAUAUGUAAAUUAUAGUCAAAGUGAGAGAGACACUUUGCUAAAUUUCCUCUGUAUAGAAUUCACCUUUUUUUUUCCCUCAAAAUUUUGAAAUUCAGACUUCAGCCUUUGCACUCAGGAGGGGUUUGCUCCAGCAUGAGCUCUUAUAUUCUACAUAGAUCUAAUUUAUACAGUGAGUCGAGAAAUAGAAUAAAUGACCCAACGCAGCCUUUUCUUUUCUUCUCUCCUUUGAAGUGAGCUGAGUUCUCAUUUGAGGUUUAGCACAUGGCUGUUGCCCAGUUGUAAAGUUACGCAUUCAUAAGUGCCACUGUUGUAAGGUGUUGUUUUCCUAGACCUUCCCUGAUGCAGUUUUACCUUUGUUGGAUUUGUAUAAACAAUUGUACAAAAAAACCCA